UAAUCUUUGUGUAGAACUUCGUACAAAUCAUCGCAUGUUUCUGGAAUGAUUCGACUGAGAGCUUGGGGUGAUAUUAUCGUAGAAAACUUCAUGCAUGCAUAGGAACGACCUGUAGCUAAAAAUCUCAGUGUUGAAGAUAGUCUCUCAUGAGGACUUAUUGCUUCUCUCAUCACAGUGUUAUUUUUCUGUAUUAGCGGAGUGACUAAAGCCAAAAGGUUAAAGUACGUCUCUUCAUUCAUCCUUAAAUAGUUAUGCCAAUCUUUUAAGGUGAAUUUGAAUUCAUUUAAUAAAUUUAUGUGAGAGUACGACUUCCUUUUUAGAAGCCAGUUCUUACACCACACACUACGUGGUUUUCUCUUCUUUUUGCACAAAAUAAGUAAAGCCAAUAGCGCGUCAUCGUCUUCCAUCGUGGAUGACAUGUUCUCGUCAGAGAUUCUGGGGAGAACUGACAAUCGACUCAGAUUUCGUUGGUGUGUAGCGGCACUAGUGCUGUUCGAUAAAACUGCACAAACGAACUGUACAGUUUUAUCGUUACGAUAAAUCGUUACGUGUGUAGCUGGCUUUAUAGUGAUUUAUAAGACAGUGACUUUACAAUAGUGUAGUAUUAUUUUAGUAAAAAUGGUAAAAAAACAUCCAAGUAAGGUUUGUAAACGCUCUAAAAGAUCUACCACUUGGAAAAAGAUUUGGCAGAAAAGGAAAGAAUUAUCAGAAGGGUAAGUACUUGGAAACCGUCUAUUUUUUCCGGUUGAGACAAUCCUAAUAAUAAUACUUAAUAAUUUUAUUGUAGACCAAUUGAAAAAUCUGCACAGCCAAUAGGGUCAGUAGUAGAUUCAGUGCCAAUUUGUGGCAUUGAGAAAAUAAAUGAUAAUAAUAAUAAAAUAGAUCCAUGGGAUCCAAAAAAUGAGUAUGAUAGGUAAAUAUAAGAAUUUCAAUAGCACUCGCAACGGAACAAUCCCAUCCCAAAAAUGAAAAUAAUUUUGAAACUUUGGGGAUAUGUACAAUUUGAGUUUCAUUUCAUUGAACAUUUUGUCAAAAAUGAGAUAAUACAGGUUAGAAUAAGCUAAGGUCAAAUAGUUCGUGUACAAUAUCCAAAUUAUAAUACCCGACAUACAAUUACAACAAGAUAAUUAGAGUUAUUGGUUUUAUGAAAUUUUUAAUUUUUGCCUGUAAGGCAUAAUCGAUGGGGAUUUGAAGUUUUCGGUCUUAAGUUCGAAAUAAGAGAUCGCGACUUAUUAGCUACUUUUUUCUAAUUGGUAUAGUUUUAGGAAUAGUCUAUGUGGACAACAAAUUUGAAAGAUUCAUAAUUUUUUCAAUUUUCAAGGAAGAUCCGAUUCCUAUAUCAUUAUAAAACCAUUAUAAGAAUGUUGUAUAAGCUUUCAAUAUGUGAAGACAGAGAACGUAGUUAUAUUGACAGCUACAUUAGAAAUACUGUACAAACAUGCAAAACAAUGUACAUUUGGGUUAUUGAAACCGCAUCAUGAACAACGUUUUGGGUUGCGAUCUAUUUUUACAUUAAAGUGUUCAGCAUGUGAUAAAUACUUCAUUGUACAUACAGAAAAAGAACGAAAGCCCUUCGCGACAAAUAACGUACAAUUUGUUUGGGGAACGCUAACCGCCGGUAGUACCUAUGCGCAAAUGAAGGAUUUCUACACUGAGACGUCCCUAUAAUGUCAUAUUCUUCCUUUCACAAAAUAGAGGAGUCGCUUGGGGACCACUGGAAAGAUGAAGUAUGGUACAGUAUGGAAAAGGCAGGAAAGGAAGAACUAAGUAUUGCAAUUCAAAAAGGGCACUUUAGUUCAGAUGGAGUACCGUGGAUAACCGUUCAUUGUGAUGGAGGAUGGAGCAAACGCAGUUAUGGACAUUCAUACAAUGCUCUGUCUGGCACGGCUGUUGUGAUAGGAAAAGAAACGGUAUUAGUACUAUUUGUUGGAGUGCGAAACAAAUAUUGUUGUAUUUGCACUAGAGCUGCCAACUUAAGACAAUUUCCAUCACAACAUAGAUGUUUUAAAAACUGGGAGGCUUCCUCUACAGGAAUGGAGACUGAUAUUUUAGUAGAAGCUUUUAAUAACAGCAUAAGUAUGCAUGGGGUUAAAUAUCUAAAAAUGAUCGGUGAUGGCGAUUCCAGCGUAUACAGCAAAAUUAGAUCUAACGUGAGUUAUGGUAUGGAGGUAGAUAAAAUAGAAUGCGUAAAUCACCUGAUAAAGAACUUUGGAAAAAGUUUAUAUAAAAUAAAGACGUCUGCAACAAAUGACGGGGUAUCAUCUCAAGCUCGAAAAAUGUUGACGAAUGAAAAAAUUAAAAAACUUCAACAAUUUAUUAUGUAUCGAGCCAAAAUUAACGAAAAUGUAGAAGAUCUCUAAACUGAUAUUGCUAAUUCAAUAAAUCAUGUUUAUGGGAACCACAGUGAUUGUGUUUCACAUUACAGUAACACCCCUGGAUUUAGAAAUGCGACACUAGUAAAUAAAUUUAUUAGUUCAGGAUUAGUAUAUCACUUAAGAAGUAAGUAUUUAUACUUCUGCCACAGAUUGUUAAUUUCAUUUUUUACAAAAUCGUUAUAGGUGCUAUGGAACCUGUGCUGGCAAGAGCUCAUAAACUAGUAGCGUAUGAAAAUAAUAACAAGGUUGAAGUUUUUAUGGCUCUUGUAGCAAAAUUAAAUUGUGGCAAACGCUUAAAUUUAAUUCAAAGGCGA